GGCCGCGCGCUUGACGGGUCCUGACGUCUUGGGGCGCCUGGUCCCGCCCCAACGCAGCCGCAGCUCCGGAGCCCAGCGCCCAGGAGCCACCGCCACUGCGGGCGCCCGGACUCGGAACGUCGCCCAGCCAUGGCUUCGGGCCCUGCGGGGGCGGAGACCCGGCAGAGGCUGCUGCGCACGGUCAAGAAGGAGGUGAAGCAGAUCAUGGAGGAGGCCGUCACACGGAAGUUUGUCCACGAAGACAGCAGCCACAUCAUCUCCUUCUGUGCGGCUGUGGAGGCCUGCGUCUUGCAUGGGCUGCGGCGGCGGGCGGCCGGCUUCCUGCGCAGCAACAAGAUCGCGGCUCUCUUCAUGAAGGUGGGCAAGAGCUUCCCGCCAGCUGACGAGCUGAGCCGCAAGGUCCAGGACCUGGAGCAGCUGAUAGAGAACGCGCGAAACCAGAUCCAGGGCCUCCAGGAGAAUGUGCGAAAGCUGCCGAAGCUACCCAACCUGUCCCCACUUGCUAUCAAGCACCUGUGGAUCCGCACGGCCUUGUUUGAGAAGGUUCUGGACAAAAUUGUGCAUUACCUUGUGGAAAACAGCAGCAAAUACUACGAAAAGGAAGCACUCCUGAUGGACCCUGUGGAUGGCCCCAUCCUUGCGUCUUUGUUAGUGGGGCCCUGUGCCCUGGAGUACACCAAGAUGAAGACGGCGGAUCACUUCUGGACCGACCCCUCUGCCGACGAGCUCGUCCAGAGGCACCGCAUCCACAGCCCGCACCUGCGGCAGGACUCGCCCACCAAGCGCCCAGCCCUCUGCAUCCAGAAGAGGCUUUCGAGUGGCAGCAUGGAUGACCGCCCGUCCCUCUCCGCCCGUGACUACGUGGAGUCCCUGCACCAGAACUCCAGGGCCACCCUGCUGUAUGGCAAGAACAACGUUCUCGUUCAGCCGAGGGAUGACAUGGAGGCUGUCCCAGGGUACCUGUCGCUGCACCAGACUGCUGACCUCAUGACCCUGAAGUGGACACCCAACCAGCUGAUGAAUGGGUCUGUGGGAGAUCUGGACUAUGAGAAGAGCGUCUAUUGGGACUAUGCCAUGACCAUCCGCCUGGAGGAGAUCGUCUAUCUGCACUGCCACCAACAAGUGGACAGCGGCGGGACGGUGGUGCUGGUCAGCCAGGAUGGGAUCCAGAGGCCACCCUUCCACUUCCCCAAGGGGGGCCAUCUCCUGCAGUUCCUCUCCUGCCUGGAGAAUGGGCUGCUCCCUCAUGGGCAGCUGGACCCACCACUCUGGUCUCAGCGGGGGAAGGGCAAAGUAUUUCCCAAACUGCGCAAGCGAAGCCCUCAGGGUUCUGCCGAGUCCACAGCUUCGGACAAGGAAGAUGACGAGGCCACGGACUACGUGUUCAGGAUCAUCUACCCCAGCCUGCAGUCCGAGUUCAUUGUUUCCGACCACUGGGGCAGCACAGCCUCAGUCUCCGUGGGCCCUGCCUGGAUGGUGGUUCCUGUGGGCCGGUCCGUGCUGGUGGUGGCCAGGGGCAGUCGGUUGGCCCAAACCAGAUGGGGCGCUACCCUUCCCAUACCAGGCUCGAAGCAGCAGCCCCCGAUGCCCCAGGACCUGAUGGAUGUCUCCAUGAGCAACCUGCCAGCCCUGUGGCAACCCAGUACCCACAAAUCCUCUUGCUCAUCCUGUUCACAGAGUGGCUCAGGUGAUGGUGGCUCAACCAAUGGCUGCAAACAUGAGAGGGCUCCCUUGAAGCUUCUCUGUGACAACAUGAAGUACCAGAUCCUCUCCAGAGCCUUCUAUGGAUGGCUUGCCUACUGCAGACACCUAUCCACCGUGAGGACCCACCUGUCAGCCCUGGUCAAUCACAGGAUUGUGUCUCCAGACUUGCCCUGUGAUGCUAAACACGGGCUGACGGCCGGGAUCUGGGAGCAGUACCUGCAGGACAGCACAAGUUACGAGGAGCAGGAGUUGCUGCGCCUUAUCUACUACGGGGGCAUCCAGCCCGAGAUCCGCAAGGCCGUGUGGCCCUUCCUGCUGGGCCACUACCAGUUCGGGAUGACAGAGACGGAGAGGAAGGAGGUGGACGAGCAGAUCCAUGCCUGCUACGCGCAGACCAUGUCCGAAUGGCUGGGCUGUGAGGCAAUCGUGCGGCAGAGGGAGCGGGAGUCCCACGCAGCCGCCCUGGCCAAGUGCUCCUCAGGGGCCAGCCUGGACGGCCACCUGCACCGGAUGAUGCACAGGGACUCCACCAUCAGCAACGAGUCCUCCCAGAGCUGCAGUUCUGGCCACCAGAACAUCCGCCUGCAGAGCGACUCCAGCAGCAGCACACAGGUGUUCGAGUCUGUGGACGAAGUGGAGCAGGUGGAGACAGAAGGCAAGUUGGAGGAGAAACAGCCGAAGAUCCCCAAUGGGAACCUGGUGAAUGGCACCUGUUCCCCGGACUCCGGCCAUCCUUCCUCCCACAACUUCUCCUCUGGCUUCUCGGAGCACUCGGAGCCCAGCCUGAGUACCGAGGACGGUGUCAUGGACGCCCAGCGCAGUGCCUCCCUGGUGCUUCGACCUGGGGACAGCAGCGUGGACGAAGGGCAGAGCAGCGAGGCCACCACUUCCCGGGACGAGGCUCCGCGUGAGCAGCUGGCCGUGCAGGACAGCCUGGAGAGUGACCUCCUCGCCAACGAGAGCAUGGACGAGUUCAUGUCCAUCCCAGGCAGCAUGGACGUGGCUCUGCCUGAAAAGGAGGGCCCCCCGGUGGAGGGCUGGGGGGGCAGCGAGGUGAAGUGCAGCCGGGUGGACAGUGAGGACAACCUCUCAGAGGAGCCCGAGAUGGAGAGUCUCUUCCCAGCCUUGGCCUCUCUGGCCGUGAGCACAACUGCCAACAACGAGACGUCCCCUGUGUCAUCCAGUGGUGUCACCUACUCCCCGGAGCUGCUGGACCUGUACACCGUGAACCUGCACCGCAUCGAGAAGGACGUGCAGAGGUGCGACCGCAACUACUGGUACUUCACGCCCGCCAACCUGGAGAAGCUGCGCAACAUCAUGUGCAGCUACAUCUGGCAGCACAUUGAGAUUGGCUAUGUCCAGGGCAUGUGUGACCUCCUGGCCCCACUGCUGGUCAUUCUGGAUGACGAGGCCCUCACCUUCAGCUGCUUUACGGAGCUUAUGAAGAGAAUGAACCAGAACUUCCCCCAUGGAGGAGCCAUGGAUACGCACUUUGCCAACAUGAGGUCACUAAUCCAGAUCCUGGACUCAGAGCUCUUUGAGCUGAUGCAUCAGAAUGGGGACUACACUCACUUCUACUUCUGCUACCGCUGGUUCCUGCUGGAUUUCAAACGAGAACUUGUCUAUGAUGAUGUCUUUUCUGUCUGGGAGACCAUCUGGGCAGCCAAACACGUCUCGUCCACCCACUACGUCCUGUUCAUCGCGCUGGCUCUGGUGGAGGUCUACCGUGACAUCAUCUUGGAGAACAACAUGGAUUUCACAGACAUCAUCAAGUUCUUUAACGAAAUGGCCGAGCGACACAACACCAAGCAGAUCCUGAAGCUGGCCCGGGACCUCGUGUACAAGGUGCAGACUCUGAUUGAGAACAAGUGAGGGCCGCCUCGCCCAGGCAGCACCGGCCGAGCUGCCACCUGCCUGUCGUGCCCACUUUUCCUCCCGGCCACCUGGGGGGCGCGGUCCUGGUGUCUGUCUGUGAGCAUGGACUUCUGUGCACGGAGAAACUGGCCCGUCUCUGGCCGCCAGGCAGGUGGGGUCGAGGGCUUGCCCCUUGAGUUCAGCCUUACGUUUUCCUGUUUGACCAAAGAUCGCCCGUGUGCGGGAUUUCUCCGCGCGGGAAUUGUUGGUGGACGGAGGGAACAUCUCUGUUCAAGGCCUCCAGACGUCGCCUCCCCUUCUCUCCCCAUCCCUCCAGACUGUCGUGUCCGAGGAGACUGGGCAUGGGAUUGUUUUGGAAGUUGGUGUAGGAGUCUGUGGGGCGCCCUCUGUACUCUGAUGUUCCAGAACAGCCUGGAAGACCGGCUGGCCGCAGGAUUUCUGCACUGGGCACUGUUGCCAUUUGGGCUGGGUCAUCCUCUUUCUGGAGGAAGGUGGGGAGUGAGGGUUGUUCUGCACAUUGUAAGAUGUUGAGCACAUCCAUCGCCUCUACCCACCAGAUGCCAGUAGUACCCUCCUCCCCAUCCCAUUGUGACAACCAGAGGGUCCCAGAUAUUGCCAAAUGUCCCCACUGGCUUAGAGCAGGGGCUACCAAUGUGACUCCCAACCGGUUCUUUCUACCUAAGCCGCCUUGUCCUGAGGCCCCUCCUAUUUAUUUUUUUUCUCCAAAUAU